AUAAUCCUCUGCUUUGCGUAGGCCUUGAACAGUUUUAUAAGCUCAUUUUAGGCUUUGGUCAUGGCUGAUUGAGUGUUUAGGCCGACCGUCAAAUCUCGACAACAGACAGACAGCAGUGGUUUAAAGCGUGGGAGGAGGUGUUCCGGAAGCGAGACUGCAGCGCAUCAUCAUCAUCAUCAUCAUCAUGGCACAGGCGCUCGGAGCAGUGUGUGUGCAUGCGGCAUUACUGUCUCUCCCAUCUCUGGCAUUUUAACAAGGGCUGCUUCUGCAAGAGGGGAAACAAGGAUAUGGACAGUCAUGCUCAAAGUUGCGAAUAUCAAGCUUGUAAAGUCUGACCAGUUCCUUUUAUUAUUGCUAUUAUUAUUAUUAUUAUUAUUCGUGUAUGCUGUGUGAAUGUGAACUUUACUCGCAUCCCGGACAAACGUCGUGUAUCAGAGCAUCUCCGUUGAUGUUAUUUAAACCUUCCAGCCCGUUAGCAGCACCGCUCAGCUGGUAUGAAAGAAGAGCAUCACUACCAGACGAAACAACGCGUAAAUCUGAAAGAGGAAAUGAAUCGUCUUUGUUCUGUUAAUAAUAACUUCCCAUAUGAUAACAACCUCCUUGUGCUGGAUAUGGUACUUAGCUCACUUUGGGCAACGCCUCAGCCAAUUAAUUGGGAGAAUGUUGCCAAGUUGGUGCCUGGUUUCACACCUAAAGAGUGUGCACGAAGGUUUGAAGAACUGAAGACUACAGGCAGUUUUCCUCAUGUUGAUGAGCAGUGUAACCCACUGACAAGAGCGGCGGGCUCUCCAUCUGAACCCUUUCCCUCUUACAUCAAAUCCAAUCUAUUGGACAUUACUGGAGAAACAGGGGAGCCACAGUCCAAUCAGGGCACUCUCCCAGUUUCAGGCCUCACUGUUAUCACUAAUGGUCGAGGAGGCUCUGCAGAAAGUGAUAGUACAGAUCCUGCAGAGAAGGUUGAGAGGACAGAAGAGUGUAAAAGCCCCAACAUGGUAAUCCACGUGUGUGAUGAGGCAAAGAACCUGAAGCAGGACUUUGUGUGUCCAAGAAACCUGCUGGUGAGAGAGAUGCGUUACUUUGAAGAGUAUCUGUCUGUGGACCCACAGCGCUGGGAGGAGGUGGACAUUUCGGUCCACUGUGACGUUCAGAUCUUCGACUGGCUCAUGAACUACGUCAAGAGUCAUGACACCGAACAUUCACAUGGAAAACACCUCGACAAGCCCAAAUUGGAGCACAGCAAUGUCAUCUCAAUCCUGAUCUCCUCCGAGUUCUUGAAGAUGGAAACUUUAGUUGAGGAGUGUAUCCAGUAUUGUCACAAACACAUGUGUGCCAUUAUAGCAACGCCAUGCAAUAUGAACUGCAUCAACAACAAACUGGCUGGACGCAUCGCUGAUCUAUUCAGCCACAGUGAGGCAGAUGACCUCAAGGACAAAAAAGACAAAUUCAAAAGCAAACUGUUUCAGAAGAAGAUUGAGAGAUUGUUUGAUCCUGAUUAUCAGAAUCACGACUCUCCUGGCAACGCAUCUACUAUGUACCGAUGUGGACUUUGCCUUAAGCUUCUAACCAAAGAAACUGAGAGAAAAAUCCCUUGUGUACCAAACAAAAUCAACAUAGACACCAGAGGGAACAUUAUAUUCAGUCACACCAGACAUAAGGCAUGGGAGGUACAUGAGUAUGUAAAUGGACUUUAUGAAGAGUUGAAGUCCUGGGUGCUGGUCUACUGGAGGAUCUGGGGCACCAUCAAUUUCCUCAACUGCGCAUGUUGCAAAAGGGUAUUCCUGUGUACAGAGUUGAGCCAAUGUAAGUACCACCCAGAGGCGGUUGUGUAUCCUGGAAUCGGGGCAGAUCAAAAAUGGCACGGCAUAGGUCAUUACCCCUGCUGUAACCAGAGAGUCCUACGAUUCGACCCCUCCUCCAUGCCCAAGGGCUGUAAAAUAAGAGACCACAUUGUGAGUGCGGCAGAUUGUGGAGAAUGCGGCGAUCACAAUGUAAACUCAACCCAGACCAGAAUGCUGAAUGACCUGCUGCUACACAGAGAGGCUGUGUGUGUGCCCGAGAGCUCCGAGGACCCUUCUGCAGGCAGUGAACGCGUGUCAGGCUGUGAUAUAACACUUCAGCCAGGGGUGCUUACAGCUCACAAUGCCAGGGAAACCACAGCUUUUUCACUGUUAAAAAACUGGAGUCUGCAGCUGUGGCAGCAGUCUCUGCUGUCUGAAGAUGAGGAGUACACUACAGGGUCAGAGGUCACAGAGGAUGAGGUUGGGGAUGAAGAAGACACUUUAAAAAAACAAGCUGCAAAGAAGGCAAGAAAAUCUGGCAAACCAUUGAAAAGACAAGUGUCCUCACCAAAUGUCCAGCGGAAAGAGAAAGCUGUAGAGAAGGUGCCUUCUCGAGACUCAACCCCAUUCAUCGUCAGCGUCCAGAAGAAUAAGUGGGAUAGCACUCGCUCCAUGAGGUACAAUCAGGACGCUCAGCGGGAGGAGGAUCAGAGGAGAAUGGAGGAGAUUAUAGCAAAUCUCACUAAAAUGCGCUUUGGUGACCAAGAGCAGACGAAGUUCAAAGACACUAAAGAGCCUGCUGGGGGGAUCUAUUCUAGACUGGAGGCCCAGUUUAAGGCCUCUUCUCAGCCCAGUGGAAGACACAGCAACUCAGAGAAAACUCUAAGAGCAAAGACACGCUCUGGGCCAUCGAGACCAACUUAGAGGAAAGAUGGAGUUGAGUGAAGGAGUUUGUGAAAGGAGGACCAAAGAGGUUGCUCUGUUUAAUGAGGCAGAAUAAACUAUAGCUCUCUUCGUCCAUCCUUUACUCCACUCCUCACCCCCCUCUCUCCAGCCAGACACAACAGGAACAACAUUAGAAUCCGUUACAAUCCUGUCAGAAGAAUAGAAUGCUGGCGGAUUCGGUGAUGUCAUAAUUGUAGCUAUAGAACCUUAACAAUGGACCUAAUAGAACCUUCAGUUGCACUGCUAACAAUGCAAGCUUUUGGCUGCUAUUGAAUUGGUUGCACCCACAAAAAAAUAUCUAUGUAUCAUCUUCCUGCAUCUGUACACAUCACACGAGUACUGUUGGACUCUAUUUUGCAUCUUUUGCUUUAUCUAAUCUCUUUCUGCCUCAGGAUGCAUUCCAGCCUCAGUGUAUUUUAAUGUCCAUGCUCGAUUCUAGCCGACUCAAUUGACCAGACGAAGCUCAUCUCCAUGGUACUGACCCUGCACUUUAAGCCGUCUUAAUGCAAUGACUCAAACCUGUAUAAUACGCCAAGAAGACUCUAGGGUAGAGAGUGACGCUCACCAUUAAAGUCUAAUACCUGUGAGGACUACGACUAUGUUGUACUCCAGAGCAAUCAGAACUGUGCCAUGUGGACUUAUUUGAUGUGGACAGAUGGGGUAGAAUACAGAAUAAAUAGUCAUAUAAAAUAAGUCUGUCUCUCUCUUUUUUUUUUUUUUUUUUUACUGUUUUACUUGUACAACUUUAGAAUUGCUUAAACAUUACAACCUCAGAAAAAAAAGAUUUUGCUGUUAUUAUAAAAUGGGUAAUUCCCUGAUCUUUUUUCUGAGAAACGUAUGUCUAUAAUUCCACAUUCCUUUGUAACCCAACAAUUAUCAACUAUUAAAAUAAAGAAAGUAUUAGUUGUUUAUCUCAUGAUCAGUCAGUCAUAUUACUAAAGAGGAAUUCCAGCACAACUGUCACCAUGACAACAGGAAGAGGAAAUAGAAUGUACUUCUGUAUGUGUGAAGGAAGGUGGGGGGACCUUUUGAGUUGGUCUGCUUUUUUUGUGACAGUCAGUGUUUGAGCUCAGUCAGGCUGGGUUACAAUAUUGGGCCACCUGCCAGCCAAGUACACACAUGAUCAUGUGUUAAUUCCCCCUUUAUCAAAUCCAUCACAUCCCCCACCAUUCAAGAUGACCGAUUUCUCUAUUACGCUGAAAAGUGUGUUCACAGUUCUGAGAAAGAAGACCAUGCAGUAAGACUACGUAUCACAACAGAGGACUGGAAUUAAAAGGAGAGUUUUCCCAAAAUGAAAAGUCUCAUCAUUUACUCACCCUCAUGCCAUCCCAGAACACAAAUUAAGAUUCAUAGAAAAAUAUCUCAGCUCUGUCGGUCCUCACAAUGCAAGUGAAUGGUGACCAGAACUCAGAAGGUCAAAAAAGGACAUAAAGGGAGCAUAAAAGUAAUCCAUAAGACUUCAGAGGUUAAAUCCAUA